CAAGAAAUUUUAUGAUGUCCACAUUAGUAUUUAUAAUUCUUGUGAACCUCAGUAUUUCAACAAAUAUUUUAUUUGGAGAAAACGUAUGUAGUCAUUAUGAUGAUGAAGAUUGUGUACAUCCAAAUGUAAUAAAAAACGGACAUUUCGUUAACCAAUGGUCAGUUCAUUUACCCGGAUUGACUAAGGGACAAGCUAGGCAACUACUUGAAGAAAAUGGUUUUGUGUAUUUAGGAAAGAUAAUGGAUGGUGCAGACUUACAUCUUGUAACUAAAACAGAUAUACCAGAAAAACAUGGAAUGCCUAACAAAAAAAUCAUAAACCUCCUUAAAAGUCUUGAAAAAGUCAAGUCAGUUGAACAAAAACACGUUAUCCACAAUUCUCCAGACGAAGUAUACAGUUUUCUCGACGAAAAUAAAGUCUACUUACAAUUUUUAAAUCCUGACCAAAUCAAACUUAACGAUGGUAGAGAAAACUUGGAAAGAAUAAUGAAGUAUAAAACCAAUAAGAAAAAGGAUGUUGAGUCAGAUAAGAUUAAGCGCAUAUCUAGGAACCAUAUUCAGUCAGAAACCGACAAAACAAAUAGCGAUAGUUGUAACCAUAGUUAUUUGGAAUAUAAGCACAACAAAGACGAUAAUAAGUCAAGCAGUAAAACUUCUUCGGAACUGGCACAUGAAAAAUUAAUGGAAAUGGACUUGUCUGAUGAGAAUUUGACAACCGAAGAUUUCUCAAUUGAAAUGGUUUCGAUGGAGUAUCCAUUUGAAAAUACUUCACCAUAGGUGAAUACAAAUUAUGAUGGAACUCAACGAACAAGUUAACAAGUUCGUUAUGAUGGUAAAGAAUAUAAAGUACCUAUAGCCUAUAAUUUAUAAUUUAAGCAACAAUACAAAAUAAAAUGUAUAACUAUA